AUGCUAUGUGGCAUUAACAGCAGCCUUGGGCACUCCGGAGGCGCGGUUUGCUGGCGCCUUGUGCGUGCAAACCUCUUCGUGACCUCGAGCCUGCCUCGGUUCAAUAGCACGGUUGCUGGCACCAGUGCCAAGAAGGGUACCCGAGCUGAAGAGGACGAAGAAGCGUUCCGUCGACGUCGAAAGACCGAAUGGAAGCGGAGACAAGGCGGACAGACAUUCCUUGACCAUGUAAUUGUCACUGUCCGGGCAGGCAAAGGAGGAGACGGUUGUGCGGCUUUUCAUCGAGAAAAAUUCAAGCCAUAUGGGCCUCCUUCAGGCGGAAACGGUGGACGCGGCGCAGACGUUUAUAUCUUACCGACACCGCACCUAACGACGCUCUCCAGCGUGCCGAAGAAGAUUCGCGCAGAGAACGGUACUCACGGACAAGGAGCAUGGCAGAAUGGAAAGUCUGCGCCUCCAUAUGUCCUCCGGGUUCCUUUGGGGACCAUUGUUCGCGAAAUACCACUGGGCGAUCCACGACGCGCCAAGGACGAAUGGGAGGCGGAGGAAGAGUCAUUGGAAGGGUUGGGGCCGGAUGAGAGGAAGAUCAGGAUGAGGGAGAAACGUUGGUUGCAUUACCCUGGAGCAGCAGACUCCAACGUUGAUCGAGAGUCGUUCUUGGAGGCGGAGGCAGCUCACUACAAACUGGAAAGGGAGAGGAGGAUUAUGCGGAGGAAGAGGGCGCUGGAGGAACCUAUCUAUCUCGACCUCGACAAGGAAGUGAAGGCGGAGAGGCCUGUGGAUGCGCCACUUGGUACGAAGCAGCGAGACCCGUUGGGUUACCUCGUCGCCUCUGGAGGACAGGGUGGUGCUGGCAAUACCCAUUUCCUAACCACAGACAACCGCUCACCGAAAUAUGCGACGAGAGGACAGGAAGGGGAGAGAAUCACGCUGGAGCUCGAAUUGAAGCUCUUGGCUGAUGUCGGCUUGGUCGGUAUGCCCAAUGCAGGCAAGAGCACACUCCUGCGUGCCUUGACUGGGGGUCGAGCCAAGACGGAGGUGGCCAACUACCCGUUCACAACGUUGAAUCCUGUCGUUGGCAUUGUUCGCGUUGCGGAGGACGGAACGUGGGAAGGCAGCAUCUCUGGGCCUGGAGUUCACGACGAAACCAUCAUCGAGGAGCAGCAGGAAGCUGAAAGGAUGUUCUCAGGAGAGUACGCGUUCGCUCGCACGAGAAACGAGAAGGCUACGGACGACGAAUACCUCGAUAAGAUCGGCCGUGGACACCACUUCGACGUGUACGAAUCGUUCAGGUUUACGAUUUCCGACAACCCUGGUCUCAUCUCCAGAGCCUCGGAGAACCAUGGACUGGGCCACUCGUUCUUGAGAGCUAUGGAGCGAUCUCCUGCCCUCGUCUAUGUCAUCGAUCUCUCGGCCCCUGACCCAUGGAACGAGCUCAUUGUGUUGCGGGAUGAGUUGGAGAAGUAUGAAGCGGGUAUGAGCACCAAGGCUCGCAUGGUCAUCGCCAACAAGGCAGACCUGCUAGCUGAGGGAGGGGACGAAGAAGCGGUUCGAGCGGCAAAGGAGAAGCUCAAGCGACUGGAAGAGUUCGUCAAGACCCAGAUGGUCCUUCCCGAUGGAAGGAACUUGGAGGUUGUCCCCACAUCUGCCAAAUAUAGUCAAAAUCUAGACAAAAUCGUUGCACUCAUGAAGCAGUAUGUUAUGGACGCCCGGGAGCAGCAGCCAUAAGUAGACAACGGGCUUUCGCACUUAAUUCCUAAUCUACACUUCAC